UUCUUAUCUCCUUUCUCCGAACAUUUAAAUGAAAAUUUGACGAUAUUUUGUUUGCCUAAUCGUUUUGCAGCUACGUCUUUAAUGAGUCGGAUUCAGUGAUUUGCUUCUUCCUCUUUUUUUUUUUCCGCGCGUUUGUGUUGCUCAGUUGUCAAUCGGUUUCCGGAGUGUUUGCUAUGUUCCUCUCGAAUGUCUUCUGUUAGUUUCAUGAGUUGAUAUCUAGUGCCUUUGCUAUGUACUCCUCCGGCUUAUGUUCUUCUUGUCUCAACGAGAUGUGGUGCUUGUUCAUGUGUUUUUUUGGAAUUUUUUUUUUUCAAUUGGUAGAUUAAUCACGGAUGUAUUUGUGUUAGAUAUCCGGAUAUGGAUGUCGCAAUAGAGUAGGAUUUGAAGAGCUUCUGUUUUCAUGAAAAAUCUGGAUAUGGCUAUUGUACUAUAGCAGGAUUAAAUCAGAGGUUUUGCCCUUGUUACACAAACCUUGACGACUUUCAAAUGAAUAGAUAUAUGCACCGUUAGCUUUAUGUUUGUUGGUGUUAUUUUUCCAAAAUAAAUGUCUAUAGUGCAGUAUGUUGUAGAAACCAUCUGAUCUGGAUUGUUAUUCCAUUUUAGUACACUGGCUUGAAAUUCUUUGCUUCUAGUUUAGACAGGCGUAUAAUGCUUUGAUUCUUCUAAGCAGUUAUCUAAUUAUUAUUUUUUUCUCCCUGUGGAUAAAGCUGAUAAUAGAAAGUUUAAGGAAGUUGGAGAAAAAUGCCAUCUCUACAGACAGCGUUGCCUCCAGAACUUGCUAACAAUGUGAUUAGAUUUCGAUUGCAGCUUUACAGGGAAUGCCUUCGAAGAGCCAAAUACAUUGGUCACCAGCAACAUAACACGGCGAUGGUUGUUGAUAUGGUGAGGCAGCAAUUCAAAAGACACAUGCAUGAGACUGAUCCAGAGAAGAUUCAAAAGUUAAAGGAUGAUGCGGCAAGGGGACUUAUAAACCACAUAUUGCAUGAGUCAGAGAAGAUGUCUGGACGGAAAUUUAGCAAGAGCUCAUGAUGUUGUCAAGUGCUUGGCUGGGGAACACCUAUGGUGUAUGAGUCAAAGUUUGACUGUUAAGAACAUGACAGUCAACAAAGAUUUGGGUGUUUCUCUUAUGCUUAUUUUUGCCUUUCAUCCUCCGAGUAGUUGGCGAAACUUCUGUUUAUGAAAUUAACUUUGUGUGGCACACUUCUUAGGUCCCACUCUUUGUCUUACAGGUUGAAGCAAUAGUAAUGCACAAUAAUUUGGCGAAAGCAAGUCAGGCUCAUUCUAAGAUGUGAAGGUCAUUCAGGUUUUUAACAAGACCCAUGUUGUUUACUUCUCUACCUUCAAGAUGAAUGUCUGAACAUCAUUGGCUUCCCCCAGGCUUCUUUUAUUUUAACCCUUUUCUGAGUCUCCCACGGUGGAAUUUGGUUUUAUGUGCUUCCAAA